GCACGAAAAGCGCCUGCAUGCGACGCCCGCGGAAAGCGGGGUGUGAACGGGUGUGAGGUGUGAGGUGACAGAUGCUCCGAUGCUCCGAAGUGCGGUUGUGUGCAACGUUCCACUGCGUCUGACAUAAGCAGUCGCGUGUGAUGUUCUAAGCUGGUGCGCCAGUCGCCAGUCUUGGCCAGUCUUACCGUUCGGGCCCAGCCGACACUCCUACGCAUCCGAUCCACCAUGGCAGCAAGUGCACUCGAGGAAAAAAUUAAUAAGAUAAGGCAACAGAAUGAGGAAAUUAGAAGAAGACAUGAGGAAGUGGAGGAAGACAAGAAGAAUGCAGCUAAACUGAAUGCACUGGUGCAAAUGGUACCAUCUACAGACUGGCCAGAAAGGAAAGAGCCACCAGAAUUUUCUAGCCCACCUAAAACGAGUAAUAAGUCGAAACCUGCCAAGGAACAUCAUGAAUAUCCCCAGCAAUAUCAAUCUGCAAGUGGUGAAGGACGAAAAGGUCACACCUUUGCUCAGGGACAAGGGCCUCCACCUGAUCCUAAGUAUAACUUUCUCGCUGAUGCCGAGAGAGAAGAGGGCGAAAGAGAGAACACGAAGGACAACUCGAACAGAGGACAAAAAUAUUCGAGGGGCAUGUUUAGGAGGAAAUCAGGGGGAAAAGAUGGAAUGCAAAGAGAUUAUAGAACGAACAGAGGAUCACACAGAGAUGACCAUCAGCCAGAGUACGAAGCUUGGAGAGCUGAGAGAAAUCGUAUUGACGAAGAUCGUAUUAGUAGGCAGAGAACUGCGGAGGGUAAUUGGCGUAGAGAAUGGGAUAACGAUAAGAUGCAAUUGCAGGCGCAUAUUGCGGAUGAUGUGGCGAGAUCUGAGGCUAAAUUAGGAGAGUAUGUAAAAAAGGACUAUAAAGAUUUUGAUAGAAGAUACCACGUUAAUGGAAAUGAUUAUGCAAACUAUAAUCGUAGUGGUCAUCGGACCUAUCGGGGAAAUUCGAGACAUUUUCAUAAUAAUUAUGAAAAUAAUUCCAACAACGCGUAUCAUCAGGACGGUCACGUUAAAAAUCUUUCCGGCUCUGAAAAGAGAACCAUUGUUGCUACCGAUAAAAGCAUAAAAGUCACAGUGAAUCAAGGAAAUAUGACAAAAGGUCCAGUCAUGAGUGUCAAAGUAAACUCGCCAAGUAUCGCCGGAACCGGACGGGUCGGGCCGCGACAAAGAAGUCGCGUAACGUACAGCAGUCAUUCGGAUAUUGAAGUGACUUCCCCUGAUACCGAGAUCUUUUCACGUCCAAAGUUGUAUGAAGACCGAACUAAGGGCAUCUGUCAUGAAAAUCUACACAAAUCCUCUAAUUCACGAAAAUCGCAGCUUCCACCAAAAAAGAAGGACUUUAGCAAUAAAUCUCCCUAUUUUCGUAAAAAAGAGAUUAGAAGAGAAGACGAGAAUCUGCAGAAAUAUCAGGAAACGGAAUUACCAGGAAAAGAACAUAAGCAGCUACAAAAGUUUGAAGCUCAAAAGCUUGAGGAGAACACUGCAGAGUCGUUGCCAGGUGAGCAGAUUGUGAUGACUACGAAUGAAAAAGAAAGCAAUAUAAUUUCUUCUGGAGAAUCUGAUAUCAAUAAUAUAGAAAUAAAAAUUGUGAAUAAUCACAAUGACAAUUUGAAUAUGCAAACAAAUGAAAAAAGUCAAAUUGAUGCUGACCAAGAAGAUGAGCUUGUUUUGCAAACUUUAGAUUUACCCGCGUCUGAAAUUGAUACAGAGAUUGAACUUUGUAAAAAAAAUGAAAUAAUGGAAGAUAAAUUAGAUGAAUUGCCGAAUGUUCAAGCAGCAGUGACAUCCGAAACUACAUCAAAUUUAACCAUAUUAUCAAUAGAAGACGAUAUUGAUAAAGGUGAGACAAAAUAUGUGGAAAACUCAUCAUGUGAUGCUAAUGAAGAUACUAAGAAAACGGAAAAUAAAGACGAUAAUAACUUGGAGCAAAUUAAAGAAGUCUUAAGCGAUAACUGUGAUAAUAAACAAACUAAAGAUACGAGCGAGCAAGAGAACAACAUUAAACAUGAUACAAAAAGUUCUCCAGAAGAAAAAGAAAUAAACAGUGUUACAAUUUCAUUUUCAGCUGAUGUACAUUAUACAACAGAACAAAGUGAUAAACUGAAAAGCGAAAACACACCUUUAAAAGAAAAAGAAGAAUUAGCCAUGGAAGAUAAAGUUGCUAUUGCAGAUGAAAAAAUUAACACCGGUGACAAACAAAAAGAUACGACAAAAUGCGUCAAUGAAAUUGAAAAAUGCACAGAUAAUGUUGAGAAAGAGGAUAGCGUUGCAAAUAGUACUAUAGUCGAUAAGGUAGAAUCUUUAAAAGAAGAUUUACACGUAGAAGAAAAAGAGGCAGCUCCGAGUAACUGAGAAAAGAACUGAGAAAAGAAAAAAAGGAAGUAAAAAUGUACGAAAUAUUACGAUGUAACUGUAAGUUACCGAAUAACGUGUGAUAGGCAAAGCUUUUAUAAAAUAUUUGUUGAAAUGCGUGAUAUAUAUUUCAAAAGUUAAUUUUUAUGGCGAUAUACGAGUUAAUGAGAAAAAAUCAAGUUAUUCAAAUAGUUCCCAAUAAAUUCUUAUUUUUGGAACAAACAUUCGAGAAUGUUACGUGGAUUGACUGCAAGUCCGCUGAGUGAUAAUAUCGUAAUUCUAUUUUUUUGUUUUAGAAUUUUAUAUCUAUAUAUAGAUAGAUACUCUGUUAUAUCAUGUUUCAUUUUAGGUAUUUCUCCAAUUCUCUUAACAUUGCUCUAAAGUUCAAGUACUGUAGAAAUGCUAUAUAUAGCAUUAAAAAAAGUAUAUGUGUGUGUGUAUGUAUAUAUAUAUAUAUAUAUAUAUAUAUAUAUAUAUAUAUAUAUAUAUAGCACAAUUUUACGUUAAGAGAAACGCAGCGCUUUUAUAACAAUAGAAAAAGAAUAGUAAAACAACAGUUAAUGCGUAUGAUAUCUCCGAAUUUUUAUAUAUGCAACCCAAAAGAAAAAAAUUCACUAUUGUCUCCUUCAAGCGACAAUCAAAGAAUAUUUUGGCACAAGCAAUAAAGAGAAUGGGAUGUUUCAGAUCAAGAACACAACUAAUGAAAUUAAGAAAUUUUAACUAGAUUUAACAAUGAUUAUUACCUAAUAUUAGAACAAACGCAACUUUUACUAAUUGACAAUGUUAUUUGACUUUAUAAUUUAUAUAUCUAUAUAUAUACAUAUAUAUAUUUAUUUAUAUUGCAUUAAUGUUUUUUAAUAUUUUUGUUUCUUUUGUUGCUUGUAAGAUUCGUUGACAGAUUAUUAGAUAAUUCCUGGAGGCUCAUGCAACUGAAAUCACAUUUGAAUUGCUUGAGUUGAACUUCUUGGAAUAAAAUCAUGAUAGAAUACACGCACAUAUCUCGAUUAUUAAUUUUUUAUAUUUCGUGGAUCAUGUUAGAGAUAAUAAUUAGACUUCUCAAUGAUGAUAAACACAUAUGUGAAACUUUAGGAUUUUCAAGAACGCUUUUGAAACUGAAUUCCGUUACCCAAUAUGUAAACCUUUUUUUAUUCUCAUUGUUAAGAUUUAUUCUCUUUGUGACGCUGCCAUAUCUACAAUGUUCUGAAAUUUCAAGCCUCCGUAAUUCUGUUACUUUCAAUCAUUUGAGAUUAUUCUAAUAUGAAAAAUAGUAAUAAAGCAUUGUUAAUAAAUCUAAUUAUCUAUGUA